CAUAAAUCGCCUCCAAAUCCUCUAUCCACCACUAUCAGUAGAGUCGACUCCUGGUACUGCCAUCCAUCACCAUGUCCAACCCCCACAUCUACCAAUUGGGCCACGAGCCCAUCAAGGACCAUGUCUUCUCUCCGGACAGAGCAUUGAUGGCCAUCACCAAAGCUAACACCGUGGAGAUCUACCAGACUUCCAGCAACUUGGCCCAGAAGCCCAAGUUGUUCACCACCUUGAAGGGCCACGACAAGACUGUCACCUCGGUGGAUAUCUCGCCUGAUGGAGCCAAAAUCUUGACUUGUUCUCAGGACAGAAAUGCCUUGGUUUGGGAAUAUGACCAUGCCUCCAGCGAGUACAAGCCCACCUUGGUGUUGUUGAGAAUCAACCGUGCUGCCACCGUGUGCAAGUGGUCGCCAGAUGGCACCAAGUUUGCCGUGGGUUCUUCCGACAGAAUUAUCGCUGUGUGCUACUACGAAGCCGAAAACGACUGGUGGGUCUCCAAGCACUUGAAGAAACCAUUGAAGUCAACUAUCACCAGUUUGAGCUGGCACCCCAACAAUGUGUUAUUGGCUGCAGGCUCCACUGAUGGCCAUGCCCGUGUGUUCAGUGCCUACAUCAAGGGCUUGGACGCCAAGCCAGAGCCCACGGUGUGGGGCUCCAAGUUGCCCUUCCAAACGUUGUGUGGAGACUUCAUCAACGAAACAGGGGCAUGGAUUCACGACGUUGCUUUCAGCCCUGACGGAAACUCGUUAGGGUUCGUUUCCCACGACGCUUCGCUCGGAAUCGUGUACCCAGAAGGCGAAGGGUUGCCUCCAAAAGCCAUUCUCAACGUCAGAACCAGCUACUUAUCGCUCAAGAGCUUGGUUUUCUUAACCAACUCCAAGAUCGUUGUUGGUGGCCACAACUGCAACUUGAUUGUGUUCGAAGGCGACGAGCACAACUGGCAAGAGUCCUACAAGAUCGAGUCGCAAAAGGACUUGAUCAAGGACGUUCCUGAAAACCAGGACGACGACGAAGAGAUCUCGUCACACCAGGCCUUGAACAUGUUCAAACAGAUGGACUUGAAGGGUAGAGUCAACAAGCCAAGCACCGGUGCUAACAAGGCCUUGAGCACGAUUCACCAGAACACCAUCUCCAGCAUCAAGUUGUUUUCCAACUCCCAGGUCAGCACCUCAGGAAUCGACGGAAAGGUUGUUAUUUUCAAUGUUUAGAGAAUUUAAAAGUUCAUAUGCCGAUGUAGAGCCAAAGAAUAGGAGACGAUAGCAGUAAAGCCAAAUAAAAGACAAGUACAGAUGCAACAGAGAGUGGUUGUUAUAGGCAUAAUAACACCUCCAUGAACACCACUAAAAUGUAGCAAUUGAAGCAGUGAAAACGUUACAAGAGCUACAAUACAGGG